AUGAAGCAGAGGUAUACUUUUUUGGACAUCCGUGCAACGGUCAAUGAGCUUCGGCCCAGGCUAGUGGGGAAAUUCAUCCAGAACUUUUACACAACGUCGCAGAGAAUCAUCUACAUAAAGUUUAGUAACAAGGACAUUCUCCUUGUCGAGCCCGGGGUUAGGAUCCAUUUGACACAGGAGCAUGAUAUGGACAUUUCCCACUUCUGUAAGAUUCUGCGAAGAAAGGCCCGAAGGGACAAGGUUGUUGAUAUAUACCAAUGUGGAUUUGAUCGUGUUGUUGUUCUUGAGCUUGGAAGGCAAAAGAUUGUAUUUGAGUUCUUUUCUGGAGGAAACAUUUUGAUUGUGGAAGAUGGGAAGAUAUCGGAAAUAUUUCGGGUUGUCAAAGACUUGGACAUUGUGAAAGGGUCGGAAUAUGUAUUUAACAAGGUUGACUUUGACUUCAGCAUUGAUGCUUUUAUCAGGAGUGAUUUGAGGGACUUUCUUCCCUUGGAUGAGCUUCUAGUUAAGAAAGUCCUGGGAGAACUAGGUGUAAAGAUAAGGGUCAAUCCUAUGGACAUGAAGAAGUCUGCAUCGAACGGAAUUCCAAUCAAGGAGGAUGUGAAAAACACCUUUGAAGAGUUUAUGAAAGAGUUUAAAAAGAGAAUCGAGGACAUCCAAGGGUAUGGAGGAGUGAUUAUGGAGAAGGGCAAGCCAUCGAACCUUAUUCCCUUCAAGAUUGAUGAUGCAAGAGACUUUCCAACAUUCAAUGAUGCGGCAGAGUUUUUCUUCCAAAGCAGAAAGAAAUUUGGAAAGAACGACAGGGAGUCAAAAGUGGAUAAGGUGAGGAAAAGGCAGGAGAAUUACAUGAAAGAAAUGGAGCAAGAAGGAGAGUCCUACAGGAAGAAGGCAGAGCUGCUAGAGGCAAAUGCAGAUUUUGUGAACAAAAUACUGGACAUUUUCAAGGUUGUCAAGAAAAACAAGGUGAAGUGGACCGACUUUGAAAAGUUCCGGGAGCAAGAGAAUAGGAAGGGAAAUGAGAUUUCAAAGGCCAUUGUAAAGACAGACUUCAUAUCACAUACUUGUACAAUAGUCUUAGAAGGCGAAGAGAUCCAGAUUGAUUUUGAAGUCACCUUAUUUAACAACGUAAGCAGGUUUUAUCAGAAGAGCAAGAAACUUGAAGAAAAGAUUAUGAAGACGAGGGACAGUCUUGAGGAGGUGCUGAAAAAGAUAGCACCGAAAGUAGAGACCAAGAAGAUCACAAGGGCCCUUUACUGGUUUGAAAAGUUCCACUUCUUUUUUUCUUCUGAUGGGGUGCUUGUAAUAGGGGGGAGGAAUGCACAGCAGAACGAGAUUCUCGUCAAGAAGCAUCUAGAGCCCAAUGACCUAUACUUCCAUGGUGACAUGCAUGGAAGCUCAAGUAUUAUUGUCAAGAAACCCACGCCAAAGACAAUAGAAGAGGCGGCGUCUAUGGCAUUGUGCAUGUCAAAGUGCUGGGAAGCUAAUGUUGUUUCUCCUGUCUGGUAUGUCUAUGGAGAACAAGUUAGUAAGACUGCCCCUUCAGGAGAGUACCUAACAAAGGGAUCUUUUAUGAUAAAGGGAAAGAAGAACUAUGUGGAAUGCCAUAAGAUUGAGUAUGGUCUUGGGCUGCUAUUCAAGGUUUUGAAGGACAUUGAGGAGGAGAUAGGGGACAUGAAGAUUGACGAGAAGGAGGAUCAUAAGUUUGUGAGUGACCCGUCGGGGAUGGAGAUAGUCCACUCGAUGCCUGUGUGUGGACCCUGGAGUGUGAUAUCUGCAUACAAGUACAAGGUUAGGCUUGUUCCUGGUAGGGAAAAGAAAGGCAGAUUGGUGCAGGAAAUAUCGAAAAGAUUUGUUGGACAAGCACCUGACGAGGAAAAGAGUUACGUGAAAAGCAUAUCUGUUGAAGAGUACAUAAACGUUUUGUUCGGGAAUGUUAGGAUAGGGAAGUGA